GAUAUUUUUUUUAAAUAGAAAUCACAUUUCAUAAGUAAAAUUUUCCUAAAUUUGAGUUUUUCAAGUUUAUGAAGCCUGCAUUUCAAGCACGGCUAUAAAUGGUAUUUCUUAAACUUUAUAGACAUUAUGGUGUUCUUUUUUACUAGUAAUGUCGUGUCACCCCCUGUGACUUUAUUUAUGGGUGCCGACAAGCAUGAAAAUGAAGACUUAAUUAAAUGGGGAUGGCCUGAGGAUGUUUGGUUCCAUGUUGAUAAAGUGUCUUCAGCUCAUGUAUAUCUAAGACUAGCUCCUGGACAAACAAUAGAUGACAUACCUAAUUCUGUGCUGGAUGAUGCAUGUCAGCUGGUUAAAGCAAAUUCCAUCAUGGGUAAUAAAAUGAAUGAUAUUGAUAUUGUAUAUACAAUGUGGUCUAACUUAAAGAAAACCCCAAGUAUGGAGGUAAGCACACUUCAUUUUGGUUAUCUCAUAAUUUUAUGUAUUAAAUACACCCUUAUAAUAUGUAACUUUUUUUUAAAGGUUGGCCAAGUAGCUUUUCACAAAGAUAAAGAUGUAAGAAAAGUACGAGUAGCCAAAAGAUGUAACGAUAUAAUUAAUAGGUUAAAUAAAACAAAAAAGGAGGAUUUUCCAGACUUAAGACUGGAACGAGAAACUAGGGAUAGAUUGGAAAGGGAAGACAAGAAGAAAGUUUUGAGGGAAAAGAAAGAGAAAGAGAAGGAGGAAGAGAAAAAGAAGAAAGAAGAAGCUGAACUAAGAAGUUAUUCAACAUUAAUGAAAAAGGAGAAUAUGACAACAAAUUAUGAUGGAAAUGACUCUGAUGAUUUCAUGUAAAAAUAAACUUAUUGCAUAUAA